UGCUCUCGAUGACGUAUUUGUGUAUUUGUUGGAGCUGAGGCAUAAAGUGGAUCAGCCACUCUUCAACUGCCGACGAGGCUGUGGUGUUUUCUGUGACUGGACUUAAAUACGGCAUAACUAUACGGUUAUCGUCUUUCAAGCUAUAUACCUGCAUUUUCAUAUUUUUGAAACAUUUAAAAUAUGGAUAAUUCAACGAAGAAUGGAGGACAAGUCACUAGAGAAGCUCAAUCCGACUGCAAGUGGGACAUUAAUGUAUCCAUUAUUUCUAAUCGGUCUGGGGAUAUCAAAGAAAAUGAAGAAAAGAUAUAAAUUGCUGUUUUCGAUUUCCUCACCCCCUCAGGACCCGGGGCGAGGAAGAAGUUUGAAGAAAAAUGGUUGAACACAGUUCGACUUUGAUGUUUCUGGUUCUGUUCAUCGUUGUCGUUUUUUGGCAUGCCAGAUACGAAACCUUAGACGGGUUUCGUGGCAGAUGUCCGACAACACGCCAGAUUUAUGGGCGACUGGAGAUGAAAAACAGAGCAGUUGACAGAGCUGAGAUCUGUUCCGAGAGAGAGAAAGUAGGAAACAAGUCUUACGCUUCAAAAGGUUCGACGUUGAGAUCGUAUUUGGCUCAUAAACCACCCCUACUGAAGCAACGGUUAGUUUGUUUGGGUAAAGGCUUUUUUUCAAUUGAAAAAAACGCAAGAGGCACUUUCAGCUGUUUAAGUCAUUUAAUUCUUUUACAAUUAGCCUUUUUAUCACUCUUUACAACGUCAUUGUUAAACCUAUUUCAAGUUUUUCUAAAACAAAAUAAAAGUAAACAAUUAAUAAAUUACGUAGCCAAUGCAUUAAACAAUGAUAUACCUUUAAGCGUCAUGUUUAAAAAGCAUCCAAAACAAAAAACGGAUCCAUGUUUUUGGAUUUUUAAGCUUAGACAUUCUGCGCAGAAAGUUUGCAUUAGAGUGAUGUAUAACCUUGCUGUAGACAACAAGCGCCUGGUGUCUUUUCGCUAUAUCGACAACCAGCUCGUCCCCAACAACAUUUCCGUCUUGCGUCUCGCCCAAGCCGGGUUUUCCUACAGCGGUACCGGAAAUCUAGUGACCUGCCAAGGUUGUUCAAAGGCUGUUGACAUCCAGAAAUUUUCCGAGGGUGUCGGAAUGAAAGAGCCUUCCGAGUCACAGUUUCAUGAAAUAAAUUGUGAUUAUGUCCAAAAAGAAAACAUCAAAUUCAUCGAGACUAUAAUACAGUUUCCGUCAAAUCCGAAACUGCAAAUCUCAGACGAUGAGACAAAACAAUGCCAUAAUGUACUGAUACAAAGUGAAAAGACGGAUGUUAAACUCAUAGAUAGCAUCGAUCCUGUUAUUGCUAACACGGCGCCAACACACGUCGAAGAGCGGUUGCCGCCCUCUCCAGUGGCACAGAGAAGCUACUCGCCCGAAGGAAGUUCACGCCCAAGUGACCAGCAAACGACAAACUCAGGAGCUUGUCUAAUUGAGUUAAACAAUUUUAUAUCUGAAUCGAUUCAAAUGAAAACUCCCGACUUAAUUCGACAGCAACCGAUAUCAAGAAUAGAAUGUGUAAAAAAUCCAGGUCACUUUUGCUACAUCCCAAUAGAGAAUCUAACACUGGAACAUAUUCCAUCCCAGGCCAGGCACACGCUAGUCCUUGAGUUUCUUCAACUUUUCGCUACACUCGUGGUUCGCGUCGUAGUCAGUGUAGGCAGAGAAGAGGUCAAGGUCGCUACAGGGAGUGUCUCUCUCACAGACCACGCAGAGAUCAGCGUCUGUCCCGCGGGUCAGCAAGAAAAAUGGGGUACGGUUAGAAGAUUAAUCAGGAAACAAAAAGAAAGAAUUUACAUCGAAACCUCGAAAGACGUUGCAAGUUUGAUCACAGAAGACGCCGAAGUUUCCGUCGAGUUUUUCUACAACCUGCCCAGCAGAAAAGGCAUCAAGGUCAUCAAGAUGAGGUCAGUCCAGGACUCGACGGAUGGCACAAGCCUGUUGGUGUGUGAGAGCACGGAUCAUCAGUUCGUCAAGCAAAUCAACCGGAGCAGGCAGCAGGUACAAGAACUGGCUGAAAGGUUGCCUCAGAGAGCCAAGGAAUGCCUGAACAAGAAGGUCUUCCUCAUCCACCACCCCCACGGGAAAGAAAAGGUUCUGUCGUGUGGGGACUCUGUGAUCGUCAAAUACAAAACUGUGACGUCAGUGAUCAACGGACGAGCUGUCACCAAGUUGGCCAAGAUAAGUUCCUACCCUCAAACCCCACCAGAAGAAGGCAGCAUCUUCAAGGCUCUACUGUACGCUGCUGACACCUGUCCUGGCACUUCCGGCGCACCUGUGCUGACCUUCAACUCGAGUUCACUGAACCAUGAAAGCGCUUACUCCCUAGAAGUCUGGUGCCACAAAGGCGUGGACAUACAUCACAGUCUGAGCGGUUCCGAGCUCAAAAAGGUUACCGAGUCAGAGAUGAGAUCGUCCACACAAACCAACACCAGACCACAGAGUCCACCCACACAGUAUGACGCAGUGGGUGAAGAUGUAACAAGCCUGGGUAACCAGGAGGUCAAGUGUCCGGUCUUUAAGGUCCAGAGCCCGCCAUCCUACCCGGUCUACACUGUGUACCACGUCAGACUGGCCAGCUAUGAGGGCAAGUGGGAGCACUACCACAUUCACAAGCCUGAGGACUUGGCCCUAGCUGGAUUUUUCUACGCUGGGUAUUCGGACUGUGUCCGUUGCUUCCAGUGUGGAUUGGGUCUUAGAAGCUGGAAAACUGGAGACAUAAUUGACGUGGAACAUCGAAAACACCGACCUGAUUGUCCUUUCUUGAAGACCAGAUCAGCAGCAAUGCCACUCGCGAACAUGGAGUUUAAAGAAAAUGUUGACUUGAAACCGCAAGUAGAUGUUCUUGAAUCGAAAGAAAAGGAAACAAUGGAAGCCCCCAUAUCGCAGAUAUUAACACAACCUACGACAUUACCUGUACAAAAACCUCAGGCGCAGGUGUACACUGCUUUAGGAAGUCUGCCAGCACCAGGUGCUCUCACAAAUGAAAAAAUGCUAAACGUGAAACCCACUCUCAAAGAUGCGUCAACACACGAGAAAAGCAAAAACACAACACUGAAUAUAUUGGAAAACGAGAACCAGAAGCUGCGAGAGAAACUGAUAUGUAAAGUGUGUAAUGUCGCCCCCAUCAAAGACCUGUUCCUCCCGUGUGGUGAGCUGUACGCGUGCAGUGAGUGCUCCAAGCUGCUCACACACUGCCCGUCAUGUAAGAAGCCAAUACUCGCCACGGUCAACACCUUCUUAACCUGACCAGAUGGAAAUGUUUGUUGAACCAAAACUUCUAGGAAAGAUAACUCGCAAGCGACAAAGCAUGUUUCAAAUGAGUAUCUUUACCUGACCAAGGAUUAGUUGGAGCCCGGAUGUAGAAACACAGAUGUAUGUCAAGUGGAUAAUCGAUUAUUGGCAUUAUGUUAAACAUCAAAUAUCAAAGAUUCUCGAUUCUUGGCAUCAAGUAGAAACUGAACAAUGUAAAUGGAUAUCUUGAUAAAAUAAAUCGGCUGAUGGGGGACUACAAUGGGAUAACGCAGUGACAGCUGGAUGGAAAUAUUCCCGUCUUGUUAAAUGAGGAUAAUUUUAUUUGAGCAGAGUAAUGCAACAAAUUAAGGUAUCGACGAUAAAUAACGUUACGUGUUUUAGCCGAUUUAUUUUAUCUAGGUCCAUUUUAACACACAAAAUAACUGUAGGCAGUUUAAAAAUGCAAGUGUGACGGAGCAUUUUUAUUACCCCACAUCCCUCAACCCCAUCAAUACACAUUGUGACUAAAGCCCGACUCCCAUCCCAACUUUAAGGUUAGGGAGGAUGAUAGUUUAUGGGUAACACCUUGCUUAAAAAUAAAAAACAAAGCAAAGAAAACAACAACAAAAAAGCUACAGAUUUACAACUGAGCACUACUAGAUGCAGACAGCCAGUUUGUUUUGAUUGGCUUACAUACAAACUGUUUCACACAGCUGGUCUCUGGUUCACUGGUUUGUAUCUUCACGGUGUCAGAACGUUAUGCCCCACACAAGGGCAGCUCUGACGGGCACAACACAAGGUUUAUAAAUCAAUGUAUCUUGUGGUGUAAAAACUGGAAGUCCAAAGCUCAGAAAUGAUCUUUGGCUUUCAGUUUUUACACCAUAGCAAACUUGAAUAGAUAAAAGCAGAGGGUAAAUUGCCAGAUUAUCACAUCUAAAAAAUAUAAAAUAAAACGGAUAAAAGUAUUGAUUUGUCUAUCACUUUCUAUCGUGACGUCAAGGUUUAGGUCAACACUUAGCAAUCACAAAUUUUAGGCGUCUUGUACAUUUAUUGGUGGCCUGUAUAAUUUGUGUACCAGCUCACCUGCACACAGAGGGGGUAAAUACAAAGCGAGAGUACAGCAGAAAUAAAAUCAUAUUGAGAACAGCCAGGCUGGGGGAAAGGGGGGGGGGGGGGAGAAAUAUCACAUCAGGUGACACCAUCGAAAGGGAUGACACCGAAACGAAAUAUAGCUAAUUUGGGUAAGACAAUCCUUUUCCAGUUAGUUUAAUAGUUUUAUUAACGGUGUAUAUAUAUUAGGUAAUGGGUGACACCGGCGUGAUAGAGUAACACCAAUAGCCUCUAGUUUUAGUGUAUCAUACAUGGAGGAGGGUGUGUAUGUAGGGGGACCUAGAUACGCCGCUAAGCUGAGUUGGAGAGAGAGAUAAAGAGCGAAAAAAGAGAGAUGAGAAAGAGAGAGAGAGAGAGAGAGAGAGAGAGAGAGAGUGGGAGAGGAAUUAAGAGUUAGAGAAGUAAAUAAAAAGAUUGCUAUGUUACUUUCUCCUAUAGCUUUAGGGUAGAGCAGUCUUGUAGUUUGGGAUCUUAAUUGAUUGUAUUCCGUGUAUUCAAGUUCGACAAUUGACAAACUACGACUGUCUGAUCGGUGAAUUUUACAAUUAUUGUUGUCUUUUCAAACCACUGUUAUUGCUGUUGUUAUUUCAUUACCUAAAUAAAUUGUAAUUAUUUUUCACAUUGGUAUAGCAUGCUAUUUUUGUGCAAUAGCAGGAGUCUAUAACGUAGUUUUUGUAACAGACGAUUCAGAAUUAAACUGACAACAGCAGCUUUGAACAGACGUAUUAAAAAUUAUGCCAGUGAAAGUUGAAACUAUAAAAAAAGAAAAAUGCUAGUGGUGAUACGUGUAUAGUGUGAAAUUCGAUUGCUCGUGAGAGAUUGGAUUUACGUGUUGUUGAUCUUUGAGUUGCAGCUUAUAAGACAUUUAACGUCGACACUUGCAACUAUAAUGUGUAUUCGCUUAAAAAAAAACUACUUUGAUGAAUGGAUGCUUUUGUGUAUUGUUUCUAUAAUUCUGAUGAAACUAUUACCAAAAUCGUAACGAAGUUUUAUUUCUUUGAGAACCUAUAUAUAUAUAUAUAUAUAUAU